GUUCUUUCCAUUAUAUUUAAAAUGAGAAAUUUAUAACAACCGUCAAAGCAAGAUGGCGACCAUUUCUCGACGACUCGUCUCUAAACAGAUGAUUCGGAUUCCUUCAGUAUUCUGGAGAAAUGAAGGAACAGCAUCAUCCACUCCACCAACUUCCCAAAAGCCUCCACAAGAGGCUAAAUCACCAGCAGCAACAGGCCCAGAACCACUCCUUGAUCAGACUGACAACACCAAAUACCAAGCAGAACAAGUCCACCACUAUAAUGAAAUGUCAUUCUACGACAUUGAGGGUGAAAUGGAUCAAUUACGCCUCAAACAACCAUCAAACAAAGUAAAAUUUGAGCUCGAUUUAUGAUACAGUCUGUGUUAAUAAGACACUAGAUUGAUGGACACAGUGAAAUGUGAAUGUGUGCUACGAAAUGAAUUCUAUGUGGUUAAUUACUUUAAGGAGUAUUUCUGUAAAUUAAUGUAUUGGUCGUUAUAUAUUAAAAAUGUUAGAAAUAUGA